UUUAUUCUCUAAUCUCUCUAUGGCAUCCCAUUCCAUUACUGCCUCCGCCUUCUCUCUCGGCUCUGGCUCUGGCUCUGGCUCUGGCUCUUCUCUUUGAUCUCUUCUUCUGAGCUUUUCAAUCGGCGCUCUCGCGGCAAUGGCGGAUAAACCCAGUCGAGCUCUAGUUAUUUUCGGUGAUGGGUUGGCUCGUUUCGUCGAUCAAUCUCACGCCCAUCUCCAUUCUCUCGCAUCGCUAGCUUCCUGUGGGUUUUUGUCACUUCCGAAUGCUCCUCCUUCAGAUUGCAGAGUGUGAGGAAAAGCGGAUGAUUAGAGAGCUUGCGCUUCUAUUCGAUGCAUGUGACUUGUACGUCAAUAAGAAUGGGGACAGUGGUGAAGGGAAUAGUCAGAGGAAGUCCAUAUCUGAAAGGUUCAUGGCAAUGAGAGCUGCAAUACUGACGAACAAUUCAAGUGCACAACAUUUUGGCUCUGAACUUGGUGCAUCUUUGUUGCGAUUGGAUGAGUUGAUGCAAACGAACCAUCUCGGGUUGCCACCAGUUGACUUUCUGGCCACUGAAUUGCUGAAGAAGCUUGGUUUUCAAGAUGGGAAGAUACAAGAUAGCAGUGAGUUCGAUUUAUUGUUUGUGCAUGUAGGAGUUGGUGACAAGGUUAAUGAUGAGAAAGACAAGACGACUUUGGAUGAAAUAAAAUAUGUUGAUGCUUUGGUUGGUGAUAUAUUGCAAAAGGCUCAGCCUGGAUCUGAAAUUGGUUCUCGUCUGCACUUGUCCCUUGUGAUGAGCUAUGGCAACAUCUUUAAGGAUGAUGACUGCAGCUUGUCUGUUUUGAAUACCAAAGAUGUGAAAAAUUCUGAUUUGUCAGUGCUAUUUCCUCGUCAAAGUUACACUAUGAAGGGGGAGAUCCAGCGGAAUGAUGUGCGGCAUCAUUCACCCAUGUUAGCUGCUCAGUGGCAAUAUGGCGUAACCCGCAAAGAUAAAGCAGAAACAUUUUCUUUCAAGGAGUUUAAAGAGCAAGGUAGCAACCUAGUAAUACCAGCAGAUAGAUUUAUACAUGAGGUAGCAUUUAAGCUUUGGAAGGCCCCCAAGUAUGGAGCUUGAGAUGGGCAUGGGCAACACUUCAAGACCAUUUCGAAAUAAGUCCCUCAAAAGCACAAGCUUUGAAAGAGGGAACACAUUGCCAAAAGCUCUUUAUGGAUUCCAAAUACUUUUGCUUAUAUUUUGAUUCUUGGGAAAGGAAAAUGCACGUCCUGUAAUUUGUCGUAGAUAAUGGCUUCUGUUUAUAACAACUGCAUUGUAGUGAAAACUCCAGUUUCAAUUUGGAAAUGUACUGCAAAUGAGUUUGCCUUUUAA